AGCUCCUGCAGAGCACACCUCUUUCAACCUUUGCACAACAUUUCUCCAUUUUACACACAAAGCAGAAGAAAAUGUUGACGUGAAAUAUGAGAGCAGACAAACAGCAGGUGGAUUUACUGAAGGUAGAGGAGACUACACCGACAGGUGACCAGCCUCUUUUGACUGCAGCAGGAGGACACUGGUUCACAUUUCCACUCCUGAAGAGGGUGACACUGCUGCCACUGCCUUUCCCUUGUUCCUGAUCCAAUGACUCCCCUGUCACUCAACCUUGCCACCUAGUGGAGCUCUGAGGGUUCAACUCCCUCCUGGUCAACAGAAAUCUUCCUGACAACUACCUCCCUCAUCUGGGGAGAUGCCUGCCCUGCAACACUUUCCUCAGAUCCAAUCCACGUUUUGGAGAUGAUACAACAAUAACCACCUCACCAAACAUCUAGAAGUUAAACAUUUCUCUCAGGAUUCAGCUUCACGUACAAAAGUCUGUCUGAAAAUCUGUGUUUUGGCUGACAUAUGUGUGACAUUCACUCAUGACCCAUGGUUUCAUGCUGGAGUUAAUGGUGCCCACAAGCAAGAGGUAGUUCUCAUCCAACCAGAGGCACAUUAAGCCACACAGGACAAGUGACCCCCUGUAAGAGACAGAACAAACAAGAGCAAAGCCAGAUGGAAUCACUAUCAAAUGUCACACUAUCCACAGCUACACCAGCAACAACACAGAAUGACACUUUGACAAACCAGAAAGGCAUAUAUACAUCUCACAAGUGGGAGUUCCUGGUGGCCGUCCUGGCCACUGCAAUCACUGUCUCCCUCAUCAUGGCCCUCAUAGCUAAAUGCCAGGUGAUCCGGCGUUACCUGGCCAGCUACAGGCACACACGGCUGAUGGAUACAGACACUGUGAGCCAGUAUGACCAAUCAGGUCAGGAGGUGGAGUUUGCCCUGCAGAGUGGACAUGGAGUUAACCGUGACUGUAGGCCUCUUGAGACAGAGGAAGACGAUGACGGCUUCAUCGAGGACAACUACAUCCCGGCCAGUGAGAGGGCGAGGGCUGAGAGAGCAGCAGAGAUCAUGGAGGACACGGACGACACUGAGGAAGAGUUGGAUGAAAUUGAAUUUUCCAUUGCUUAAAUGGACUGCCUGAGACACCAUUUCCACUCCCAAUUAUUCUUCUUUCGUCUUAUUCCUAAAGUGAAUCAGAAAAAGGGCUUGUGUGGAAAGAAAAUCAAAGGAUGUGAAACCAACUAUCAUGAGCGCCUACUUUUAAGGCAGGACGGAAUGACUAAUUGUGAGGUGCAUUAUUAUGGCAGUUUUUCUCAGUGUGCAGUCUGAGGAUCUACAAAAGAGAUUUUGACAUUAUACAAAGAACAAUGGAUGUACAUUGUUUGUGUCAAGCAGUAACCGUUAUAUGUGCCAGCAUAAAAAGGCACUUGUUCUUUUGUUUAAAAUAAGUUUGGACUUUUCUGUAACAGCACUUCUUAUUUACUUUUUUAGUAGGUAAAAUAGAUUUUAAAUGAUCCAUUGUAAAUAGGAGAAUAAAUGAAUCACCAUUGUAUCUGUUGACAUUUUUUGGUUAAGUUGAUUGGGCAAUGGUUGGCUAAUUUGAUAUGAUUUUAAGGGUAACAGCAACAUGCAACUUUGCACUGCCAUGUUUUGUCACUGUUGCAUGAGGUUUAAAUGCAGUAAGCAUUGAUGUAUGAAAUGAUUGAAUAUGGCUUCUUUAGAGAAAUCCAAGCAGCAAAUACAAGCACCAUGAAGACACUUUGAUGCCAUGCAAACACACAAACAGCUGUACAAAAAAAAAGGAAAUUAUAAUUCAUAUCUUUCUAAAGGUGUUACAGUAUCAGUGUAAUGUAUUGUGAUUGCUGCUAUUUUAAAAGGACAGUAGGACUUUGACAGACUGUCCUCAGAAAAGGUUUAACUACUCCUACAUUAAAAAUGUAGGCUGGCUCAUUCAUGGUAAAAGCAUUAGCCUACUUGUGAUAACUUUCAACUGGACUGCUAUUUUUAGAAACACUAUACUGGAGCUGAGCAUGAAUCCAGCACUGCCCUAUUGAAAAACAAAUGUAACUUUAAAUCAGUUUGACCUCAUUAAAAGGAACAGUGUCAACAGGA